UCUUUGCUUCUUUUUUUUUUUUUUUUAAAGUAUUGAGUUUUAAUGUCAGUUGUUAAUAUAUGUUUAUGAAUGGAUUAUUCUUGUGAUGGCAAGUUAAUUGUUUUACUCUGUCAUGCUAUAAAUAGAGUAUUCCAUGGGAGGAGGACAACUCUUAACUAAAGAUGGGGGCUUCGCAGUCACAAGACAUAGACCGAAGCUUACAAAACAAUAGUAUUAAGCCACAGAACCAGGAAAGAAAUGUCCAGCCAAUGGAGAAAACAGCAGACUCUGAGCUUGUUGAUGCAAAAUCCAGGGCCAUGGAGAAAAUACAACUUCCACAUAACUAUGAAUUCAUCUUGAAAGAUGCCGACUCACCUGUUGAUAUUUCCUCCAUAGAUAAGUUGUUUUCUCAGCUCCAUGCCGGGGUUUUCUUGAACCAAAAGAGAAAGAAGUACUGGGUGGAUAAGAAGUCCAACAAAAACUGCUUCAUGCUGUUUGCAAGAAACCUAUCAAUCACUUGGGCUGAAGACUACCGUUACUGGCACUGGUCGCACCAAAAAGAAACAACAACCAGUGACGUUUUCAUUGAUGUUGCUGAGCUUUUACAAGUUUGUUGGCUAGAAGUGCAUGGAAAAUUCGAUGUAGCAAACCUCUCACCAGGAACUUUUUAUGAAGUUGUGCUCAUUGUUAUGUUGAGAGAUCAAGCAUUUGGUUGGGAAAUUUCUGUGAACUUCAGACUUACUCUUCCAAAUGGUCAAAAGGUUGAACGCAAGGUAGAACUGAUGACCAAGCCAAGAGGAAAAUGGAUAGAAAUCCCUGUGGGAGAAUUUACAACUUCAUCCCAAAAUAUUGGAGAAUUAGAAAUUUAUAUUCAUGAAUAUGACGCAGGGAUACGGAAGGGAGGACUUAUUGUUAAGGGAGUUGCCAUUCAGCCAAAGAACUAAUUUAUGGAAUAGUAUUUUCU